UGCAUUUGUAUUUUUUUCUCCUCUCUAUGUUCGGGUGACUGGGAAUGUCCCCCAGAAGCAGCAGCUCGGUUCCCGAUGGCUUCUCACGUGCACUGACACAUGGUGUGUGAUGGCCUCCGAGACCGAGAAGACCCAGGCUUUACUCCAGUCUUGCAGCACUCAGGCUCUUCUUUCCAGCCUCGGUCUGGGGAUAUUCUGCCUCAUAGCUGACAGACUUCUGCAGUUCUCCAUAAUCCAGCAAAAUAACUGGCUUCGCGCCCUCUCCGAUAAUGCAGUGCAUGGUGUGAUUGGCAUGUGGUCCUGGGCAAUAGUCAUCGGAAUCAAGAAGAAGACUGACUUGAGAGAAAUCUUCCUAGCUGGAUUUUUAGCCUCAGUUAUUGACGUAGACCACUUUUUACUAGCUAGAUCCCUGUCUUUAAAGGCUGCUUUGACUCUUCCACGGAGACCCUUCCUUCACUGUUCUACUGUGAUACCCGCCGUGGUCCUGACCCUCAAGUGUACCAUGCACCUCUUCAAGCUCAAAGACUCCUGGUGCUUCCUUCCCUGGAUGGUCUUCAUAUCCUGGACCUCACACCAUAUCCGAGAUGGCCUUCGGCACGGCCUGUGGAUAUGCCCCUUUGGGAAAACUCCGCCCUUGCCAUUCUGGCUCUAUGUAGUAAGCACAGCAUCCUUACCUCACAUCUGUUCCUUGGUCAUGUACUUAACGGGGACCAGACAGGUGAUGUCUUCAAAACACGGAAUUCAUAUCGAUGUCUGAGGUAACCAUGCAGCAGCCCCAGAGAAGCAUAUGGUUUAGACAAUGAUAAUUAAGGAUGUCCAACAUUAAGGUGAAUUUUAGUAAACAUAUUAGGUACUUAUAUUAAUUAUUAUAAUUCCCGAAUCCUCUUGCUCAGGAGGCAUGUGCAACUUUUUUUAAAUGAUAUGUUUGUUGUAAUCCUGUUUUUCUCUCUGUAACAGUUUCCUGCAGUAUUAGAGUUCCAUUCAUUCCAUUUCUAUUUUUAUUGUUUCUUCUGUGUAUCUGGCUUUACUAACAGCUUGAUUAGAUUAGCAGCCAGUUAAGUUUUCUGGAAGUAGAUUUUUAAGGUAGUUGAUUUCCUGAUGAAAAAUAGUUCAAAUUUUAGGGUGAAUAGUUUGUGGCAGGUUAGCUUGAUGUUUGGAUCCUCAUUUUCCUGAGAUACUGAAACAGCGAAAAGGCCAGAGUUAAUGAGACCGUGAGCUGUACUAGUGUAGUGAGUGCUCACACUUCCUUCUGCCCAUCCGUGUGGACCCCGACGGGAGUGGAAUUGCCAAGUGCUUUACUGUGGUUACUGGCAGAAUCAGCACCAGUGCAGUUGUGCUGAAAUGAUCAUAACAUUCAUAAAAGGCAGUAACUAACAUUAGAUCUAGGUUAUUGUCUCAGAAAUCACUUUAGGAAAUUAUUGCAAUAUGUUGGCUAUAGUAACAUCUUCCUGAAGUAUUAUUAUGUCAGUAUCUUUGCCCAAAAAUCUCAUGUGUUAGGGUUUUAACUGUUUUGAAAAACAUAACUAAAUUUACCAAAUUAUUUGCUAAGAAUUAACAUGAACAAAGCAUUGCUACUUGGCUCAUAACAUAGAAUUUGAAUUCACGCACAAAAAAGAACUUACCAGUAAUGUCAUUUUGAAUGUGAGCUCCUGGAUGUGCCAUUACAAUUGUUUUAGUUGCUGUCAAUUUGUUUAUGCACUCCUCUAAAAUAUGAUACCAGUUAGACAGUUUUUUAAAAAAUCUGCCCGAUGCUGAGAGACAAAACAGCUUUUCUGAAAAUAAAACUGUUUUAGAAAAUUUGAUUUUUCCUUUUUUUCUUUUAGAUUGAAUGUCUGUUAAAUGGUCAGCCUGUAUUAGAGAAGGGAAUUGGGUUGCUGUGAGUUUGACAUCUGCACAGUGUAAUGUUACUUUGAUAUAAAAGCCAGGGCCCCAGAGGAACCGCUUUUGUUUGCACAUGUGCACCAUCUGCUGUCUUGGUGUUUGCUCACAUUUUGUGAUUUUUCUUGCUAGUGACUGUGUGCCUUCCUCUCUGAGAAAUGAUGCAGCAAUGCCUUACUGAUCCAGCAGGUUUUUCUCAUUAAGUUAAACAGUUCUGUCAAUUGUUAUCACAGUUCAAGCUCUGUAGUGCAAGCACGUCAAACUCGCGGCCGUCGGGCCGCAUGACAAGGCAUAUGGCCCGCCGGCCGCGAGUUUGAUAUGCUUGCUGUAGUGUUUGUUGUUAAAACCAAUUGACUGCAUUCUAUUAUAUUUUACAAUCUGUUAGACCUUGUAAUCUGUUAUUAUCUUUUGAGAGCAAUUAUUGCGGCACUUUGGUUGGUUUAAUGGCAAAUAUUAUGUUGUGGGGGUAAACUUGAAUAAGGCCAAGAUUUUUAAAAAGCAUAUGAUUUCAGAAACCGAUGGACAUAAAGCAUAUAUCUGGUACGACUUUUUUUGACUAAAUUAUAAAAUUCUAUUUUUUUUCUUUCUCCGUGUUAGGCAAAGGAAUAUCUUUAAAACAUAGGGCCUGACUUAAGAAUGUCACAUCGGCUUUGGGGUUGUUCUGCCCUCCUAUCAGAAUGGGAGUUCACUUGGACCACGACUCUUUGCUUCUACAGUAACUGCAGAUUUAAGUGUGGGUUAAUCUCUGUUCUUACCUCUGCCAUCAGAAAUGUUUCUUGUCCUGAAAGCUGUGGUUGCAACUUCUAGAAAUAUUCACAACCAAAUUCCCAUUCCCAGCUGCCACUGUGUUCCUUUUCUUAGUGAAGGAGUUUGUGUCAGUACAUGAGCUGGAAUGUUGGCUUGUAUCUCAUUUGUGUUUUUUUCCCCCCAGGGUUUCUCCUCUGGACUCAAAUCAUGAAGCCAUAGCCCAUAAGGAGUUUCUUUUUCUAAUUACUGAUUCCCUGUUUUCAUUAUGUGACUCACUGAACACAAAAUUGUACCAUCACAGGACCUCAGAGAAAUCUAGUUAUUAUUUUGCCUUGUUGCAGAUUAGCUUAUAAGUCAUUCCGCGAUGAUGAAUGUUCUUAGUCUUAGGCUCUCCUGAGAAACGCUGUUUGCCACUUCUCUUCAAAACGGUUACUAUAUUUUUAAUGUCUGUUUCAUGUGAUAAAAGACAUACUGUAUUUAAUUCUAGUGGAAUAUGUUAGAAUGUGGUAAGGGGUGGACUUUGAUUUAGUUUUGUUAUGAAUUUACAGAUAUUAUUUUGUUAUUAGGGUAAUUUUUGCCUCUCAGAGACAUCAAGAAAUGCUUAUUUCUAAUUAUUGUAAGUUAUUAUAACUAUUGUAACUAUGUUAUAGAAAUAAACCUUUAUUUAAAUGUAAA